AUGGAUGAACUUGCAAGUGUCUUUCAAAAUGUCAAAUUUAGCUGUCAUUCAGAGUUAAAAAGCUUUUUCUGGGCUCAAAUAGCAAAGCGAGCCCUAACAAAUAAAGAAAAUUGCAAUGAAAACCUAAGAAAAAUGCAAAAUGAUACAGAGAUAAAAAUCAGCAAAAUUUUAUCAUACGAAGCCAAGUUGGAAGAAUUCUUUAACCGAUCUCAAGCAAGCAAUUCUAAGUAUCCUUUAGAAGAAUAUUGCAGCGACGAUAUAGAAAUCGAUCAAGGAGGACUCAAUAGCUUAAUAGAAAAAAUAAAAGAGCUAUCAAAAGAUUUUACAAAUUCAGUGAAAUCUACUGAAGAAAACAAAAUUUUUGAAUUCUUAUGUGGGUGUGAUAACGAAAUCAAAGCAGCCUGUUAUCUUUAUGCGUACCUUUAUAAAGAGUCUUUUGAUAGGUUAAUUUCAAAAAUCAAAAGCAGAUCAGGCUCUUCAUUAUUCUGUUGCAAGUAUCUCUAUAACAUCUCUGAAGCUCCAGGAAAGAAAACCCGCCUGGUUUCUUAUGAUGCAGACACACUCAAGCUAAAAGUCACAUAUUUAGAUACACCUGAGCCUCUUCACAUCCACACAUGCGUAGCACAGCUUCCGAACAAUAAAAUUUUCUGUUUUGGGAAUUCUUGCCCAGUUUCAGGAAUCACGCUUAUAAUAGACUCAAAUUGCGACACUAAACGAUUAGCCAAUGGAACUCCUUGCUUUGACGCUGGAGCAGCCUACUUAAACAACGCAGUUUAUGCUUUCGGAGGUAUUACAAAAAAUUCUAAUUCGCCAUCAAAUUUUGCUGAAAUGUUUGAUUUAACCAAAAAUAAAUGGUACAGUAUACAGCCCCUACCAGCAAGUUCUCGAUGGUGUUCUUGUGUUCCAUUUAACCGAAGUAUUUUAGUUACAGGGAAUUUGCAUUCAAAAAUAUAUCAAUAUGACACAAUCAUUGAUAGCUUUACUGAGCUUCCAAUUGAGCUGAAGCGAGGUGAAAAAAUCCUUUUUAUUGCAAACUUCAAAGUUUAUGCGAUUGAUGACACACAGACAGUUUAUGAGAGUGAGGUCGGAAAUGAAUAUUCCUGGAAGAAAACAAAGAUAUCAGGAUGUAUAGCCUCUAUUCAAAACUAUAAAACUUUUCAUAAGGACUGCAUUUAUUCAAGUGGGAUAAAUCAGUAUUCAAAGUUUUGCUAUUACAAGUUCAAUUUGAGUGAGAAAAAGCUGGAAUAUCUAGAAUAA